GUCAAAGCACAGACGCCAUUGCCAAUUGACUCUCUGUGAUUUAUAGCAAUAUUAUUUGUUAUAUUCUAUAGAGUUAAUCAUUCUACCUAAUUCCAUUCCAUUCCAUUCCGUUUCUUCCGUCCUAUCCAUUGACAAAAGGCAAUCGGCAGCUGCCGGCUCCCGGAUCGAUGUUAUUUCAAUCCGAAGAUCAGUGCUCCUCCUUCUCUCCUUCUCUGGAAGCGUCGGACCUAGAGCGGCAUGUUCCGUCAGACGAUAUGCCCCGCCGCUUUUCACUCGCCGAGAUUCUAAGCGCCACCAACAACUUCGACGACCCUCUGGUCAUCGGAGAAGGUGGGUUUGGCAAGGUCUACAAAGGGUUCAUCGACUAUGGCAGCACCACGGUGGCCAUCAAGCGAUCCAAAGCCAAGUCGGUGCAGGGUUCGGGAGAGUUUUGGGCGGAGAUCAUGACCCUUUCCAAGCCCCGCCACCCCCAUCUGGUGACUUUGAUCGGCUACUGCGACGAGUCAGAGGAGAUGAUACUUGUUUACGAGUACAUGGCCAAUGGAACGCUCGCUGAUCAUCUCUACCGAAAACAACAUGGUAGUAACUAUAUUUAUUAUCCCCUGAACUGGGAGGAGAGACUGAAGAUUUGCAUCGGAGCUGCACGGGGGCUGGAUUAUCUUCACUCGGACAGCGAGCGAAGCGUGAUCCACAGGGACGUGAAGACCACAAACAUUCUGCUGGACGAGAAUUGGGUAGCUAAGAUUUCAGAUUUUGGGUUGUCCAAGAUUUGUGCCACAGACCAGACGCAUACCCAUUUCACAACCGACAUCAAAGGCACGUUUGGUUACUUGGAUCCACAGUAUUUCUUCACUCGAAGGCUAACGAAGAAGACGGACGUCUACGCCUUUGGCGUGGUUUUGCUGGAAGUGUUAUGCGCGAGGCCGCCGGUUGAGAGAGUCGAGAGGGAGCAGUUUCGUAGCUUGUCGGAUUGGGCUCGGCUGUGCAUCAGAAAGGGGACGUUUGAUCAGAUCAUUGAUCCAUCUUUAAGGGGGCAAAUAUCGGUGUCGUCUCUCAAGUUGUUUGCGGAGGUGGCUAUCAGGUGUUUGCAUAAAUGUGCCAGAGAGAGGCCCACGAUGGCUAAAGUGGCGGAAAGCCUCGAGCUUGUACUGGCGCUACAAAUGCGCCAACCGAAGGCAAUAAUCGCCAACUAUGUGUCAAAAGUUUCUAGCCUUGUAAUUAGGGGACUCGGGAUUGAUCUGUGUCGGCGGAUUUGGGCACGGUUUUACUGUAAGGAUGCGUCGUCCUUCCGAUUAUGGACAGAUCCAGUGCUUCCCAGCAGCGCCAUCAAACAAUACCGUCGCUUCUCGCUAGCAGAGAUCCGUGCAUCGACAAACAAUUUCCACGAGAAUCUAGUGCUCGGUAACUUUGGCCAUUCCAAAGUUUACAGAGGCUUCAUGGACUUGGGAAAUGUCGAGAUUGCGAUUAGAAGGUGGAAAUACGAUGCAUCAAACGAGGCGAAGAUUGAGCAGAUGAAGACUGAAAUCUAUAUCCAAUCCCAGCUCCGUCAUGUCAACAUAAUUUCUUUGAUCGGAUACUGCAAGGACAAACGUGAGACGAUGAUCGUGUACGAAUACCUAGCCAACCGCUCGCUGUACCAUCGCCUCCAUGAAUUCAAGAGACACCCUCCUCUUCCAUGGGGGAGACGUCUUCAAGUUGGCAUCGACGCUGCCCGGGGUCUGCAGUAUCUCCAUGCCGGUAACCGGCUGAGAAUCAUCCACCACAACCUGAAAUCCUUGAGUAUUAUCCUGGACGAGAGAUGGGUCGCCAAGAUUUCGAAUCUCGAGUACGCCAAAGUGCUCCCCGACAUUGAAUCAAGCGCAAUCUGUACCACGCUUCUCGGCGACAACAUCGAUUACAUAGACCCAGAAUACCUGGCAACAACAAAACUGACUACGAAAUCCGAUGUUUACUCGUUCGGCGUCAUCUUACUAGAGCUACUGUGCGGUCGAAAACCGGUGAUCCCUUCCGAGGACGAGAGUGAGGCGAAUCUAGUCCCAUGGUUCAAAACCAACAUGGAAAAUGGUACCAUCGAGCGGGUCAUCGACCCAUAUCUGGUCAACCAGAUAGCACCGGAGUGUCUGGAGGAAUACGUCAAUGUUGCGGCGCAUUGCGUGCGGGAAAAAGGGAUAGAACGUCCGGAGAUGGACGACGUACUGGGCAGGCUCUGGUGCGCGCGGCAGCUGCAGGAGAGAUGGCGAAAUCUGAGGCAGCAGCAGCAGCAGCCUCUUAGUGAUGGGUUUGGUGAUGAAAUGGAGGUGCUUUCUGGUAGCAGCAUGACGGGCAGCAGUGAAGGGAUGAUCAGUUACGCAAGUUUGGAUGAGACAGAUUACCUUUCUGGGAAUCUUGCAAGAUAGAGGAUCAGAGUAAAGAAAGAAUUCAAGUUUGGAACUUGGAUUGGAUUCAAAGCUUGCUCUUUACCUUUGAUUGAUGAUUGAUUAGUUUGUUUGAAGUUGUUGCGGUAGCUAGAAAAAUUUUGGAAAAACAAUGGGAAGGAAGCUGGUACGUACGUAAGUGGGUGGGUAAAUUAACCACCACCACCACUCCUACUACUACUUGCUUCAAUUAAAUUAUUAUUAUUAUGUUUUGUAUAUAAUAUAACUAUGUAUCAUUGUUCGUUUUGUUA